GACUGCAGCGAAUGUUGCAUUUGCAGUUGCACUUACGUCUCGAUCGGUGCAGCAUUUUUCUGGCGUGUUCUUGUCACCUGGGGAAGCGCAUUUGUAGCUUCUGACGUUACAUUUGUCUCAGAGACUACAAUUGUCGAGAUACGAUAGAAUCAUUGUUUUCUGAGAGAUGUUAUAAUUAGCAGCCUUCAAUUUUUUUACGGUGGCUUAAAAACAAGUGAUGUCGAAGUAUACGGAAUGUCAAAUACAAGUACUGAACAUCAUUGCACAAUCAGUGUAGUCAGGGAAAUGACUUUCGGACUAUGAUAAACUGAAAUUAAUAAUAAUAAAAAAAAAAAAACUGUGCAAACAGGAAUAAGCAUUUCCAAGAAAAAGCGAAAACUGCAAUUCAGUUUUUUCGUCGAGAAUUGUGUUUCCUCAAGAAAAGCACAUGGAAUGACACUGUCCAGAUGGUUUCAUCUUGAAAUAACUGUGAUAAACGGUACCACUGACACAGUUCAUUUAACCCAAAUAUAAUGUUGUAAUGACAACAUAAUUUAGGCAAGCCAUAUGUUCGUUCACAGCGCCGUCGCAGCUUCACUGUCAAGAGUAACAUCAAGAAAGAAGUUCAGUGAAGUUGAUUACUGAGGCUCAAUUCUGAUUGUCAGGCGCAGUCUUAAAAUAGAUCUCGUGACAGUUCAGUGACUUGGCGAUACAAUACAGUUUUUACUUGGUUGGAUGUUGCAUCAUCCUCAUUUUUCUAUAAUGAUUACUAGAAAAAUGUAAAGAGAAAUUAAGAAAUAAGUGUAACUCUUUCUCAACUAAUGUUAUCUUAAAUGUUUUCUGUUUACAAGAGCAAACAAAUAAAUUCUUAAAGCUAAAAAUAAUAAGAGAAAGAACAUUAUUGUUUGAAACUUAAGAACACAGUGGAACUCUGAAAACUCUUCCAACAAACUUGAGUUUAUGCGACAAUCUUGUUCUUGUUUUAGAAUAAUCUAGACUGUUGAGUGAGGCGUUGUUCCCAAAGUAGUCCGCAGAAAAAGGAAAUAUCCCCAACAACAAAAAUAUAUAGUUUAAGAGUGAAGAAGCUUCAAGCAGUUUGCUGUAAAUUUGAACGUUUGUGUUUGUGCCAACAUUGUAGCGACGCCUGCAUUUCGAUUACAAUGAAGGUUGCUAUAUCACGGUACCUUUUGUACUUCAUUUAUUCACUGGUCGUAGUGGACAGUUAUGAUCAACACGGGGACGGGUAUAGUACCACGAGUAACAAGGAACCUAAAGCUCCAAGACUAUUAAGAAAGCGUCCUUUUAAAGCAAAUCGUGGUGGUACUAACGAUCGAUCGAUUUUUGCGCAGAAUAUUCAACCAUCAACUCAUGAUGAACUAUUAGUUCAUGUUAAUGAUCAGCCUCCAGCGACAGAAGAGUCCUCAACGGGAACUAAUAAUCAAGUUCCAUCGGCAGGUGAAUCUUUAACGAAAGCAAGUCAUCAAUUACCAUUUGACGGACGUUUGUUUGGAACAAGUAAUCAAGAUCCACUGGCAGCAGAACAUUCCAUUGGAAAAUAUAUUCAAAUUCCAAUGUCCAACGAGCUCUUGGCGGAACGAUGGAAUCAACUCUCAACGACAAACAAUGCUUUAAGAGGAGCACAUUAUCAAACUCCCGGAGCUGUUGAAAAUUCAGAGGGAAUUUUAAAGGGCAAACAAAGUGUUUUACCGAAGAGCGACAAACUCAGUGAACCAGGAUAUCAAGUUUCUUUUAAUCCCGAUCUCGCCAUUUCGAAUCAUCCCUCAUUAUCCCAGUUGCCUGCAAGAGCUCAAAAUACCUACAGCCCUUUAAAGAUGACGAGUGGAGACCAAGUGCCAGUUACUAAAGUUUCGGGACCACUUUCAGGCAAAACUUCUCUGCCUACGAAACUCAGGGGUCCUAGUGCAUCUCCGAAUUUUCCACUUGUGAAACCAGUGAAACCAAGCAUUCCACGUGUUCAGACCACUAGUGAGGUAAAUAUAUACAAUAAAACUAAUAGACCGACAGAGAUAUAUUUGAAAAAUGACUACAAUGUAAUGCCAUCCACGUCUUUACAUGAAACCAAACCUGACCAUUCUGAUCACAAGAUGAAAGACAGAUUUCCCGUUUUUGGAAAUGCACCAAAUGGACUACUUCCAAACACCAAACCUCAGUUACUUCAACAAAAAAACGUCCUGAACAUGGGACACCACGAUGUCUCCCACCCCUCAAUAAAUAGGCAUUCGCUUAUGACAGACCACAAACACAUAAUCAGUCUACUGCAAGGAUUGCGAAGUCCUACCAUUAACAACUAUGCAGAGAGUUACUCAUUUGGAUCGCAAGCAUUAACGACUGAUAAUUCAAACAUCCAAAAUCAACAGGACAUCAACAGGAUCGGGUAUCCUAAUGAUUUAAGGAAUUCCUCUCCUGAAGGGACGCAGCAGAUAAACUACAGACCCUCCCAGGUUGACUCAGCUGGAAAUCAGGAACCCUACAAAGCAAAUAUCCCAAAUGCCAAUGAGGCAUUUACUCCAGUGGGUUCUAGUAAUGACUCCACGAAUUUCGAGAUUUACCAAAACAACCGUCUGUCACCAGGAUCUGUCUUGCAGCUUCUACCAUCUCCUCUCGGUCAGCAUGAUUACACAGCAGAUGAAUCAGGUGAAGAAUCCACACUUCACAAAGAUGGUCAUGCUAAUCCUGCUCUGCCCGAGGUGCUGGGGUUAGCCAACGGCCGCAAUCCGCAGGAGGAGCCAGGAAAGCCUGUGAGAGGAACCGCCUUUGGAGAGGAUCAUGGAAACAUUUACACUCACCUGUCAAACGAGGAAGGUUCGAACAAGAACGUCAUUAUGGAGGUAUUUGAACAAGUAUUCAGCGCAGACGAAAUGGAUACAAACCCUCUCGUGAAGCAGAUGCACAACCGUCUUGAAUCCCAGCUGAACACCCUGGGAGCCAACGCACUCUCCAACCCGUCCUUCGGCUUUCUGGUCUACUUCCUCUUGCCUUUCGCAGUUAUCGCAGUCCUCACCUUCACCCUGAUGGGCGUUGCUCCUCAAUAUCUUGGUCUAAUGGGUCUUCUCAUUCCUGGUGUUAUCAUGGCUACGCUUGUCAACGAUCACGGAGGUCGGAAAACGAGUCGUGGAAGGAGUGACUCUUAUCAUGGAUUACUAGGCAGCAAUGGCAACGCAAUUUUGAAUGAUAUCCAUCGUGAUCUAUUAGCGCAUUUGGAAUCUUAUGGCGAAAAGUUUUCGGGUGACAUGAGUUCAUGAUGGAAAAUAAAGGUGAUAAGACGAAAGAAACUGGAUAAUACGAUUAGUACGCUUACUGUUAAAUAUUAACGAAAAUGAAUAUUGAAAUGUAUAUCUUUCUAAGAAAUGCGGGCAUUUUCUACAUUAUUCAGCCAGAUUAUUAGAAUAGUUUUGGUAUUUAUGCUAUCCAUUUUAUUAGAUUAUCAUGGCUGAACAGAUCAUUAAUUUCAUUUUUAUAUAAAUAAGCUACAAUGAAGUAUAGAAUAAUACGUGACAUUUCAUUCCUGUUUGAAUUAUGGUCUAUUCUUCGGUCUGAUCUGAGCAAAACUUAAGAUUUGUAACCGGAAAAUCUGAACUGAUCAUCAGCACAUUGCCACAUGUAGUAAAAUCGGAUUUUGAGUAUUACCUUUUCAUUUUUUACGACAAAUAACUUCUGAAAUAACGAUAUCUAUACUGGGUACAACAAUCUAGAUUCACAUUCGGAUGAUGACAUGAUGAAAAACUGUCUCAGUAUGAGACAAGGAAAAUCAUUUUAAUAUUUUAAUACAGAGGACUGUCGCCGCACUAAGUAAGAAAUCAUACAUACAAGUUAAAAACAACGUGCGAUAUUGCUCGUAGACCUAUGAAGAAUGCAAAAUGAAAAUGCUGGCGUAUGACCAACAUGACACUUUAAAGUAACAGAGUCGUUUCUCUAGCCCAACUCUAUCCCAGCCUCUGUAACGGCUCGCUGUUACAGAGCCGUCAAGUCUACCAUCACUAAUAUAUGUAGAACGAGAGGAAUUAAAUUCAGCAAAUGGUAUAAAGCAACUGCGUAAUUGGUCGACCAAAUUCAUCCUAUUCAUGGUUCGCCUGAUCACUGAAAUACUGGAAGAUACGAAGGUAAGAUUAGCGAACGGUAUUCGAAGAAUCGUGGCACCGUUUUGUGAAGGUGACAGACUGCUUCUCGUCAUUCUGUGGAAGGUAUAACAGACAUUAAAAUUCUUAUAAAAAAAAAAGUUUGUAAACUUAAGCCAGAAUAAAUGACGCAGAUUUCAUCCAAUACA